CCGAAAAUGCGACCAUGUCACUGAGGAUGAGCGGAGAAACAAAGCCGGAUAUGAAGCAAGAGAUGAUGAGGAGCCGCCAGGUGGUUUAGACCAUCUAUUAAUUUUAUUCAUUAGUCCGGGUCAUUUGAUGGAAGCACCGGCGGGGAGAACGGGUCAUCGGGAAGGUUUAGAUUAUAGCCUGAAACACAUUUUGUCUUCAAUAUGAAAUCGAAAUCCAAAAUCCGUCAAUAGCGGAGGUUGGAAACAAGCCGAAUUCAUAGGUCGCAUGCAUUAAAUAAUUAUCUACACCUCACGUUUUCCCUCCCUUGAUGUUCUCGAACGGAGGUGUGCGGAGGAGAGAGCGAUUCGAUCCCGCAACCGAUGCCCGGAGAAAACAGCAGCCUGUGUGCAGGCAGCUGUGGACGACAGGAAGGUGGUACCCAAGAGUCGGUGUUUAUUAUCUGGGAUCUGACUCCGGAGGCGCGUCGCUGAGGUAUGGGCUGCGCUCCCAGUAUCCACGUCUCUCAGAGCGGGGUGAUCUACUGCCGAGACUCAGACGAAUCCAACUCCCCCCACCAGACCACCACCAUCUCUCAGGGCACCGCAGCCACGCUACACGGGCUCUUCAUCAAGACCGAUGCGGCCGAGACCAUCCCUUCCGUCAUCACCUACCAGAGUCGGCACUCGCGCAACAACUCGUGCCGGGAUCGCAAGGAGAACAGCGGAGGACACAUCCGCAUCGAGGCCGAGACGCAGACAAGCCACACCAGCGUCAAGGUUUCAGCUACAGAAGAAUGUGUAGGACCCAUGAGACUGACUCAAGAGCCAAUUCAGGUCCUGCUGGUGUUUGCAAAGGAGGACAGCCAAAGUGAUGCCUUCUGGUGGGCCUGUGACCGUGCUGGUUUCAGGUGCAACAUUGCACGGACGCCCGAGUCUGCCGUAGAAUGUUUCCUAGACAAGCACCAUGAGAUAAUAGUCGUUGAUGGACGUCACUCGCGCUACUUUGAGCCUGAAGCUGUUUGCCGGAUGAUCCGCGCCACAAAGCCCUCUGAAAACACAGUUAUUCUAGCUGUUGUGCCACAAAAACCGCCGGACCAAGAAGAACCAUCUGUUCUUCCUCUCCUCUGUGCUGGAUUUAGCAGAAGGUUUGUGGAGAAUAACAGUGUAUCAGCAUGCUAUAAUGAACUCAUACAGAUGGAGCACGGAGAGGUGCGCUGCCAGUUCAAACUCAGGGCUUGUAAUUCUAUCUUCACUGCCUUGGAGCACUGUCAAGAGGCUGUGGAGAUCACCAGUGAAGACCACAUAAUACAGUACGUGAACCCAGCAUUUGAACGGAUGAUGGGCUACCACAAAGGGGAACUGAUCGGGAAGGAACUGACUGAACUUCCCAAGAGUGACAAGAACAGAGCUGACCUGCUGGAUACCAUCAACAACUGUAUCAAAAAAGGAAAGGAGUGGCAGGGCAUUUACUAUGCCAGGAAGAAGUCAGGGGACAGUAUACAACAGCAUGUGAGGAUAACACCAGUCACCGGCCAAGGAGGAAAAAUUCGACAUUUUGUAGCCAUCAAGAGACCUCAUAUCGACAACAAUAAUCAGCUCCACAAGUUCAACAAGGAGGAGAGAUAUGGUGGGGAACAUUCGCACUCAGAGUGUUAUUCUCUGCGGCAUAGAGACAGAAGAAAAGAUUCAAUGGACGACAGAUCAGUGAGCUCCCGCAGUAGUGACGCUCCCAGUUUACAGAAUCGCAGAUAUUCCUCUGUGGCCAGGAUUCAUUCUAUGACUAUCGAGGCUCCAAUAACCAAGGUAAUAAACAUCAUCAACGCAGCUCAGGAGAGCAGUCCAGUAACAGUAGCCGAGGCUCUGGACCGUGUGUUGGAGAUCCUGAGGACCACUGAGCUCUACUCCCCUCAGCUUGCCUCCAAAGAAGAUGACCCACACACGAGCGACCUGGUUGGCGGCCUCAUGAGUGAUGGGCUGCGCAGACUCUCUGGGAAUGAAUAUGUUUUCUGCAAAAACAUGAGUCAGAGCCAGCUGGCCAUCCCAGUCACUUUGAAUGAUGUCCCUCCAAACAUCGCUGAGAUGCUGAAUGAUGAGGAGUGCUGGGAGUUCAACAUUUUGGAGCUGGAGGCAGCUACACACAAAAGACCGCUGACGUACCUAGGGCUGAAGAUUUUCACAAGUUUUGGAGUGUGUGAGUUCUUAAACUGCUCUGAGGCUACACUGCGCUCCUGGCUACAGCUCAUUGAGGCCAGCUACCACUCCUCUAACUCCUACCACAACUCCACACACGCCGCCGACGUGCUGCAUGCUACGGCCUACUUCCUACGCAAAGAGAGAGUCAAGAGCAGUCUGGACCAGCUGGAUGAGGUGGCAGCACUGAUCGCGGCAACAGUCCACGAUGUGGACCACCCAGGCAGGACCAACUCCUUCUUGUGUAACGCAGGUAGUGAACUGGCCAUUCUCUACAACGACACGGCCGUUCUGGAGAGCCACCAUGCAGCCCUCGCCUUCCAGCUCACUGUCCGUGACAGCAAGAGCAACAUCUUCAAGAACAUCGACAGGACUCAGUUCCGAACACUGCGGCAGGCCAUCAUUGACAUGGUGCUGGCCACAGAGAUGACCAGGCACUUUGAGCACGUCAGCAAAUUUGUGAACAGUAUCAACAAGCCAAUGGCUGCCAUAGACGAAACCAGCACGAGUGUAAGUAGUGUGAACAGCGACUGUGAGGGUCAGGCCAACAUCAGAAACUCUCCAGAGAACCGUCUGUUGAUAAAGAGGAUGCUGAUCAAGUGCGCAGAUGUGGCAAACCCCUGCAGACCGCUCGAGCUCUGCAUCGAGUGGGCCGGACGGAUCUCCGAGGAGUACUUUGCGCAGACGGAUGAGGAGAAGAGACAAGGGCUGCCAGUGGUGAUGCCUGUUUUUGACAGGAACACCUGCAGUGUACCCAAAUCUCAGAUUUCCUUCAUAGACUACUUCAUCACUGAUAUGUUUGACGCCUGGGAUGCCUUUGCCAGUCUUCCUGGCCUAAUGGAACACCUGUCAGAAAACUACAAGUACUGGAAGACCUUGGACGAGAUGAACUGUAAGAGUCUACGUCCUCCCCCUCCUUCAUGACUCAUCCUCUUCUCCUCCUGACAUCCAUCACUCCAUGCAGGGUAGGACAGUGAACGGCGCCCUGCAGUGGAACAGUUAGUCUUUUCAGCUGGGAUUCGACAGAAGUCCGUGACCUCUCAGGGGUUCUUGGAUACGGCCUGAAAAUUUUGUAAUCGGAAGAACACUGAUACGCCGUUUCCAUCUCAAAUCACAGCCUCUUGUAUGGUUCUAGCUGUAGGUGAUACCAGUAACAGGUGAGAACGGGUGGUUGCUGGAGGUUGCCUCUCUGUUGCCACUUUAUGGCCCCUAAAGUAUUUCUUGAUAGCACCUCCAUGGUACAGUGUGGACCUCAUGGGCCACCUGACAAUCUGUACCAUACAGUGUAAUACAACAGAAACCUGCACUUUAGCUAAUCGUGACAUUUUACAUUUUGUGCUCCCUUUUUUGUUUACUUUGCUUUUGAAAGAUUGUCUUUAACUAAAGAAAAUCUUUUUUUUUUCUGUAUCUGCAUACUGCUAUAAAAGAAAUAUGGAAAGUAAGACAUGCCUGCUAGUGAAAGAUGCUUAGCGGGAAUUAUUCUUUGUAUUAGCUAUGAAACAACACAGAGACUCUGACUUGUGUCUGGGACCAAAUUCCUUUCAAUCCCUGUUCAUUCUGGCCCAGAAGGAAUCUAAAGAAAAGGGGACCUUCAGAGGCACUUAGCCCUGUACUAGGAUACAGUUCACAGCUUGCCAAUGGGUUUUUCUAAAUGUUCAGACCCAAAUACAGAGGUGACAUCGAAGUAGGGCUAUUUUGGUGAUAACUGCUGGAUAUUGAGGUCAUAUAGCUGCAGAAUACCUUGUAAAAUGUCACCUGAUAACUUAAUGUCAUUUCUUCUGCAUCACCAUCUUAUGUGCACUGUGAAAGGAGCUACUGAGGAUAAUGAAGAUCUUCAUCAAACCUGUAUGUCAGUGGAGGAACAGAAUUGCACUGUAUCAGAGCUAUUUAGUCAUCAGAUGUUACACUCAGCUUUGUGACACUAACUGUAGACAUUUGCACCCAAAAAAAAAAAAGAAAAGAAAGAAAAGAAAGACUGACUUGCGAGCAUUUGAACAUUAUAGUUACAGGCUUUCUAUGCGAGCCUACACUUAGCUGUUGUACAGAGUAAGGUGUGUCGGGUCUUUUAGUUGUUGUGUGUUGGGGGACAAAAUGAAGCCCACACUAACCUGACAGAGGUAUGAAGGAACCACGUUUAGAUGGUAAAAGCAGGAGAGUCAGCAUCUCUCUCUCUCUGCUCCUCCUCUUUGAUUAAGCAGUUUUACUUAUGCUUGAAUCCUGCAACCAAAAUUCAUGUUGGAGACAGUCGGCCGCCCUUUUUUUUUUUUUUUUUUGGGUGGAGGUGGACUUCUAUUAUUUGACUUCCAUCUAGUGGUCUCCUAGAGGUGGUGCACACUAAAUCUGUCAAGCAGUAAUGAAUCAGAUCACAACAACACAAAGGUCCAGUUUCAAUCCAGCGCCUACACGCUGUGGAAGAGGAAGGGUAGAAAAAAAAGAGCGGGAAAAUCUGGGAUGCUCUCAUUUUUCUCAGGUGAAAACAGGAGCUUCCAAUCAGCAUCUUUGGAGAUGUAUACGGCUGUGAGAUGAAAGUAUUAAUGUUUAUCACACUGGGAAAAUGCGCCCUGUUCUGUUUCAGUUUGACUCAGGCCUCCCACUUAUUAGGAUGAGUAAGAUGCAUUUUUAAAAACUUGUAGAAAAUUUCCACAAAAGCAUUUUUCAUUUUCUUCAUUACUGAGAUAGUCCUGAAACUAUCCUUCAUAUCUAUAAGUGCGUUUCCUCCAUAUAGCUAGCAAGUCAGCACCGGUCCACACUUGGUGUUGGAGGGCUCUAUUCCCACCUGAGGUUUGCUGGUUUGGAACAGCACUUAGCGUGGCCUCCACAUGAAAGUGCAUAGUGAAAGGGUGUAGGUGGCUGGGAUAAAGUUGGUUCAGUCUUACAGUUUAACCUACUAUGAUUGGUGAUGGAAUACACAUUGACUUGUUAAAACAGUAGCCGUAGACUUCUUCUUUCAAGCUUUAAAACAGCACUGGAAUCCACUACUGCCAGCCGCAGAAUCUUUGAUAUAGUUUCAUGAAUUAUUUUCUAAAUUCAUUAGAAAUUGAAACAGUGAUAGCCAGAUAUACAGAGAGGCUACUGCUGUGGUGAACUUAUGUAAUUUCAUUAUCGUUUUACCGGUUCUUGUCCCGACUCUCCAGCUCAGCUGCUGCUCUGUGUGUACAAGCAUGUGCGUGUUAAUCCAGGAGAUGCACAUCUAGCAGUAUUAACCAAAGGCACAGAGAGCUCUUUACAGGUGCCUUAUUCUUUGGUCAUCUUUACAGAAACAAAAGUAUUUUUGUUGAAACGGUUCCUCCUGUAUUUAACCAAAAAAAAAAAAAAACUGAACAAAAAAAAAAACCCCACACAAAAACCAGAAAAGCCAUACGUGUUUUAGGUGUUUUUAAAACGAUAACAUUCGGCCUGAUGCAUCAUGGUCUGUGCUCCAGUUCUGAGUUGGUCAGUGUUGAUGACCCCGACACGUUUUCCUAUAUUUUGUACAGCUAUGAGAUUUUUAAAGACAGACGCUGAACCAGGUGCGGUUGGAUCAAAUGUGCGUUCCAUACUUGUUCACCUCCACGUCCGCCGUAUUCACAAUGAUGUUGUCAUUAUAGUGAUGAUGAAGGUCUUAAUCAACGCCUUAAUCUUGUUGUCUCACUGUGUAGCUCCGCUUUGUUGCAAUACACUGUAAACUACCUAAUGUAUCUGCUGUUCAUGUAAAUAUUCAGCCAAUAUUAUUUUUGCUUUGCAUUUUUCAUAUUUUGCUUAUGUACCUUUUUCUUUUGGAUGUUAUAUGUUGCUGUUGAUUUCCAAACUUAAUUUUUUUUUUUUUUUUAGGGUGACUUGAAAAGCAGCUCCACCUCUAAAUGUUUCAUAGCUGCUAUCAUUGAUUAUGAGAAGAUAUUUUUGCUAGUCUAUAAUGAAGAUUUCUAUUCAGAACAGACAAUUUAAGUAUUUUAGAUUUAAAUGUGAUGCCAUGCCUUUUCCGCGAGCAGUAACUAGCAGAAUAUGAUGAGCUCAUUUACAUUAGAUUACAACCAGUCACUUAACGCUUUGCUUUGAAUCUACUGAGCCAGGAGCAGAUUGUAUAACUGCUUGUUAUAUAAUGGAAAGCCUUCAUCACUUACAGAGAUUUUCCUUUCCCGCUUUCAUCUAUAAAACUGAUGGCCGUGACUGCAAGAACGUGCCAAUUCUGCCUUUUGUAUUAUUUAUAAUCAUAAGUAUAAUUAGAAAGUGUGAAAAAAAUAUUUUUGAAAAAAAAAUGAGCGUUACUGGCCACAAGAACUCUGUUUUGAAAGAUGUUACUGCCUCAAGCAUAGUAGUUACAAAAGCUUUACAUAAAAGCCGUCAUGUUUGAAAGGUUUAAUGUAUUUUGCUAUCUCUGGUCUUAUUUUAAUGUUUUCUGUCAAACACAAAUUGUAUUGUGAGAGACGAUUAAAAUGUUCUUUAAAUACAAACUUGUUACAUUAUUGGCACUGAGACAUUUACAGGAAUAGUUUAAGCUGAAAUAUAUUGCCAGCUUCCCCAAGAGGUGGAUGUUAAAAUCUAAACCACUCUUGUCUUUCCCAAAUAAAAGGCUUCACCUACCAGCACCCUCAAAACUA